GGCCGGCGAACGCGCCCCGCCCCGCCCCCAGCGGCCUCUUCGCGCCCCCCGCCGCCAGGCCCGAGCUCUCCGCGACCCUCAGCCUUGGGAGCAGCGCGUCCCCGGUGACUUCUAACACUGCAUGUCCGCCAUCACCUAGAUUCAAGAUGAAUAGUGAUCAAGUUACACUGGUUGGUCAAGUGUUUGAAUCCUAUGUUUCGGAAUACCAUAAGAAUGAUAUUCUUCUAAUCUUGAAGGAAAGAGAUGAAGAUGCUCAUUACCCAGUUGUGGUUAAUGCCAUGACCCUUUUUGAGACCAACAUGGAAAUUGGGGAGUAUUUCAACACAUUCCCAAAUGAAGUACUAACAAUUUUUGAUAGUGCUCUGCGAAGAUCAGCCUUGACAAUUCUCCAGUCCCUUUCUCAGCCUGAGGGUGCCUCUAUGAAGCAGAAUCUUCAUGCCAGGAUAUCAGGGUUGCCCGUUUGUCCUGAGCUGGUGAGGGAGCACAUCCCUAAAACCAAGGAUGUGGGACACUUUUUAUCUGUCACUGGGACAGUGAUUCGAACAAGUGUGGUGAAGAUCCUGGAGUUUGAGCGGGAUUACAUGUGUAACAAAUGCAAGCAUGUAUUUGUGGUCAAGGCUGACUUUGAGCUGUACUAUACCUUCUGCCGGCCGUCCUCCUGUCCCAGCUCGGAAAGCUGUGAUUCUUCAAAAUUCACUUGCCUCUCAGGCUUAUCUUCAUCUCCAACCAGGUGUAGAGAUUAUCAGGAAAUCAAAAUUCAAGAGCAGGUUCAAAGGCUAUCUGUUGGAAGUAUUCCACGAUCUAUGAAGGUUAUCCUGGAAGAUGACCUAGUAGACAGUUGUAAAUCUGGCGAUGACCUCACUAUUUAUGGAGUCGUAAUGCAACGGUGGAAGCCCUUCCAGCAAGAUGUACGCUGUGAAGUGGAGAUAGUCCUGAAAGCCAAUUAUGUCCAAGUAAAUAAUGAGCAGUCUACAGGGAUCAUCAUGGAUGAGGAGGUCCAAAAGGAAUUUGAAGAUUUUUGGGAAUCCUAUAAGAGUGAUCCCUUUGCAGGAAGGAAUGAAAUAUUGGCCAGCUUGUGCCCUCAAGUUUUUGGGAUGUAUCUAGUGAAGCUUGCUGUGGCCAUGGUGCUGGCUGGUGGGAUUCAAAGGACUGAUGCUACAGGAACACGGGUCAGAGGUGAAUCUCAUCUUUUAUUGGUUGGGGAUCCUGGCACAGGGAAAUCUCAAUUCCUCAAGUAUGCAGCAAAGAUUACACCGAGAUCUGUGCUCACAACAGGGAUUGGAUCUACUAGUGCAGGUCUGACGGUAACUGCUGUGAAAGACUCAGGAGAAUGGAAUUUGGAGGCUGGAGCAUUAGUACUUGCAGAUGCGGGCCUUUGCUGUAUCGAUGAGUUUAACAGUCUCAAAGAGCAUGAUAGAACCAGUAUCCAUGAGGCAAUGGAGCAACAAACCAUAAGUGUUGCUAAGGCUGGCCUCGUGUGCAAGCUGAACACAAGGACCACCAUUCUGGCAGCAACUAACCCCAAAGGCCAGUAUGACCCCCAAGAGUCCGUGUCCGUGAACAUUGCCCUUGGCAGCCCACUCUUAAGUCGAUUUGACCUGAUCCUGGUUUUGCUUGAUACCAAGAAUGAAGACUGGGAUCGUAUAAUUUCCUCCUUUAUCUUAGAAAACAAAGGUUACCCAAGCAAAUCAGAAAAGCUCUGGAGCAUGGAAAAGAUGAAAACCUAUUUCUGCCUGAUUCGAAAUCUACAGCCCACACUGUCUGACGUGGGUAAUCAGGUUCUUCUCCGGUACUACCAGAUGCAGAGGCAGAGUGAUUCCCGGAACGCUGCCCGGACCACCAUCCGCCUGCUGGAAAGCUUGAUCCGAUUGGCAGAAGCUCAUGCUCGCCUGAUGUUUCGUGACACUGUGACUCUGGAAGAUGCUAUUACAGCAGUGUCAGUAAUGGAAUCCUCGAUGCAGGGAGGUGCACUGCUAGGAGGUGUGAAUGCACUUCACACUUCCUUUCCUGAAAACCCUCUGCAGCAGUACCAGAGGCAGUGUGAACUCAUUCUGGAAAAGCUGGAGCUGCACAACCUCUUGAGUGAAGAGUUAAGAAGACUUGAAAGGUUACAGAAUCAGAGUGCGUACCAAUCCCAGCCCGAGGCAGUGGAGGCAGAGACUAACCCAGGAUCCUUGAAAAAUGAUCCAGGAGAAGAAUGCAAGUCCAGAAUCUGGUCAGCACGGCAGGAAGUGAACUGUAGUACGCUGACGUCCUCUGCUGGAGGCAGUCCUGAGGGAAGCCCACUUCCCAGUCCCCUCUCCCCCCUGGGGCCUAAUACAUCAACAAAUAGAAAACAUUUACCUGAGCACAAAUACAGCAAAGAUGAGAGUUUGGACUGGUUUGACUGCAUAGCAGCUCAUCAGAUUGAGCCCCAAAACACUGUUCCUGUGUCUCCCAAAACAACUGGGGGGAAAAUGGCUUUGAAAAUCUUCCGGAACAAAUCUCAGGGUAAGGAAAGGAAUGAGCCAGGCCAAAGGAGCAAAUUGGAAACUGGACAGCUUCUAGCACCAGGAGAGGCAGAAGCUCCAUCAAGGCCAGAUAAUGUGGAAGGUAAAGAGGCAAAAAAGGCAGCAAUGGUUUCUGAAAUGGCAGUGCCUGCCGGUGAGCCAGACUCGGUACUGAUGCAUCACGUCUCCAGGAAACUGCACACGCUGCACAAGGCGAGGGCCCAGGAGCUGUACAGGAAUCCCUCUAGGGCGCCUUCACGGCCCACAGGCUCUCCUCAUCCUCGCUCUGGUCCUGUACACAGCCCACAGGGAGCGUGGGAAACUCCCAAAAGAACGAGACAGAAAUCCCUUGCUCAGAGGGAAGAGCCUGAACUUGAAUAUGCCGGGAGUCCAGGUCCCCCGUUGGCCAAACUAGCAAAAUUUACUUUCAAACCAAAGUCAAAACUGAUCCAUUCCCCUGAAGACCACAGUCAUGUGUCUCUAGGCACAACUGAAGUAGCCGUCCCAGGUCCUGAAACUCCCCACGUUGCAAGCAGGGACUCAACCUCGCCUGUGAAGGGUCCCCAGAAGUUGGUCUCUCCCUCAGGAAGCAGGAACUCAAACCAGCCACAGAGUGAGGCAAAGCAGGUGUCCCGGAAGCCACCGGAGGAAGACAGGUCAAGAGAGGAGAGCAAACAUGUCCCUGAAAGGAGAACCAUCCAGCCUGAAGUAGAGCUUGGGAACAAGACUGAGCAUUCUCAUCUUACUUGUCAAAGAGACAGAAAGGAAGAGGUCUCAAGCAGUAACAAAAGCAGCAAGGUUCACUCCUGCACAUUAGCCAAAUUGGCAAACUUCUCCUUUACUUGCCCCUCUGAAUCCAAACCGGAAUCCCUUCCUCCUGAAAGUGUGAACCAGGGAGAGAGAGGCCCAAGCCCUCCUCCCGGGACUGCAGCUCCAGUGCCUGGCAAGAAGAGGAGAACUUUCCAGCUAGAGGGGUCCACUGAGAGAUUGGCUCUUUCCAAAAAAUCUCUCUUUACUUUAUCAGAACUAGAUGACGAAGCAUUGGAUUUUGAUUGGGAUGAAGAAAUGAGAAAAAAACCAUAAUCAUGAAAAGCUUUCAGGUCAAAUUUCAGCCUCCCCAGCUCAACACAGCACCUUUGGGAUAUUGACGUGGUGUUUAUAUGUGAACAAAAACUCUUGGCCAUAAUGAGUUCCAUUUAGAAUACCAGCACCCCCGACAGGCUUUAUAAUUUCAGCUUUACCUUCAUGACUUGAAAAGUCAUAUAAUCAGUGUCUGGCAGAGUCGGGCAGUGUCAUACCAGCACUUGAAUUAAUUGAAAUUGUGCUUAAUUUUGCAAAUGUAAUACUUGUAUUCCCAAAGAUGUUUCUGUUUGUUUUGGGUUGGUUUUUUGUUGGUUUUGUUCUGUUGUUUUUGUUUUGUUUUGUUUUGUUUUGUUUUAAUGGGGGUUGGGUCUUCGGGAGAUCAUUUCUUUCAUUUACUUAGGAACAAAUGCCAGGAAGGUAGCCCUCAUAAAGUUAACAGGUUAGGUGAAGAAUAUUCUUUUUUUUUUCCUUCACCCAAGAUGUGCUGAGUGUGAUGAAUAUUGUAAUUUUCCAAAAUGAUGUGAUUUUUCUAAUAUUUUUGUGUUUAUUCUCAUGUGUCAAAUUAGAUGUGCUAAUGCUUUUCCUUCUUGAGGAGGCAUCUUUACAGUUCCAUGGUAUUCUUAAAGAUCUGGCAACUGGUCAAAAGCAGCUUUCUGAAGUAUUGACCUUUUGAGUUUUCCCUGUUGUCUUGAGCUAACAUUUUGUGCUUCAGAUUCUUUGUAUCAUUGGCUG